UGGAAAGCAGGCGCUGGUCUCCCCAAAUCCCUUUGAUGGAAGUACUGACCUGUGAAUGUGCAAAUGAUGCGCAUAGGCAAACCCAAAGCAGAUGUUGAGAAAGCAAGCCGUUUAACAAUAGCCAGCCGAUGACAACUUCGGUGUUAAUCCUCUUCAUUGCUAAAGAUUUGUUGCAGAACGGAUUGUAGAAACCGUUGCCAGGUUGAUAUUGUACCAAGAUGCUAUCUACCUGCAGACCAGUUUCAUUGCUCUCAACAAACCACUUCAUACAAACCUCAAGAUCUGGCAUAAGGAAAAAUAUAACUGGAAAAAAACCAGGGCUGACAAUAAAAAACUUUACAGCAUGGUAAAACAGAAGCACAAGCAACACGCUACAGUGGGUUAAUGGUGGCCUGCAGGCUUGACAGCGUUCGAUAGGGGCGAAGGACACAGUGUCCUGCCACUGGGUAUAUAAAGGGACCUCCGAGAGCUCUCUGUCUCUUUGUGAAGUCCAAUGGAUAAGUGGGCAAAAGUGAGGAAGAAGAAGUCUAUCCUCCAAAUGAUCAGGAUGCCGCAGUCUGGAGAAAUCAACGUGGCUCCAGACGGCCUUGAAGACUGCGAUCGCGAGGCUGAGUCGCACUCCGAUGACCACGACAGUCCCGAGGAGAGCCCUCAGCCCGAGGGGGUAAUGCAGUGCUGUGCCCGGCCGAAACAGCUACCGUGCUUCUUCAAGGACGACUCUGAGGACGAGUUAGAGCGGAUCAUGAACGAAUUGCCCAGCACGGCCACCUGGGAGCAGUCAUACGGAGAGGGGAGGGCCACCAGCCCCGACUGGCUGGGGAUUCCCUCUUUCUCGCGGCCCCCCACGACAGGCAGCGUGUGUCCCUCAGGGACAGAAACAGAGCAGACCGAAAAGCUGCUGCUGCCGAGCGUCACACAGGAUGGUAACCCACCUCAAUCUCCCAGUCUGUCCCGGCCAAAGAGCCCCUGGGGGAGAUAUGACCCCUACGAUUCAGCAGAGGACCAAGAGAAGGAGUAUGUGGGCUUCGCUACUCUACCCAACCAGGUGCAUCGGAAGUCGGUCAAGAAAGGAUUCGACUUCACACUUAUGGUGGCAGGCGAAUCUGGUCUGGGGAAAUCCACUCUGGUAAACAGCCUCUUUCUGACAGACCUUUACAAGGACAGGAAGCUGCUCAAUGCUGAAGAACGGAUCACACAGACCGUGGAGAUCACCAAACACUCCGUGGACAUUGAGGAGAAGGGGGUCAAACUCAGACUCACCGUAGUGGACACGCCUGGCUUCGGAGACGCGGUCAACAACACAGAGUGCUGGAAGUCUGUGGCAGACUACAUUGACCAGCAGUUUGAACAGUACUUCCGGGACGAGAGCGGGCUAAACCGGAAGAACAUCCAGGACAACCGGGUGCACUGCUGCCUGUACUUCAUCUCCCCCUUCGGGCACGGAUUGAGGCCGCUGGACGUGGAGUUCAUGAAGGCACUGCAUGAGAAGGUGAACAUUGUGCCCAUCCUCGCCAAGGCGGAUACACUCACCCCUGCUGAGAUUCGAGAAGAGAUUGACCAGUACUGUAUAAAAGUCUACCAGUUCCCUGACUGCGACUCAGAUGAGGAUGAAGAUUUCAAACAACAAGACCAUGAACUGAAGGAAAGCAUCCCCUUUGCUGUGAUCGGCAGCAACACUGUUGUGGAAGCCAAGGGGAAGAGGGUUCGAGGGCGGCUGUACCCCUGGGGCAUUGUGGAAGUUGAGAACACGGCUCACUGUGACUUUGUGAAGCUGAGGAACAUGCUGGUCCGCACGCACAUGCAAGACCUGAAGGACGUGACCCGAGAGACCCACUACGAGAACUACAGAGCCCACUGCAUCCAGAGCAUGACCAGGAUGGUGGUCAAGGAGAGGAACAGGAACAAACUAACGAGAGAGAGCGGCACAGACUUCCCCAUCCCUGUGGUGCCAGCGGGGUCAGACAGCGAGACGGAGAAACUGAUCCGGGAGAAGGACGAGGAGCUGCGGCGGAUGCAGGAAAUGUUACAGAAGAUCCAGGAACAGAUGCACGGGCAGCAGGAUGGAUAUUAACACCCUGCACCCCGUCCCGACCCGCCCUCUCUCUCAUUCAAGGAUUCACUGUGUUUCUCUUGCCCUCCUGUCCUGAACGGACCCUGCAUCUACUAACAAUGCACCUUAAAAGAGAAAAAACAAAUAAACAAACAGUGAUCCUCUCGCAUUCUCAUUCUCAGCCAGGCCACAGCAAACUCGAAAGGAAAUGUGAACGUGGUUGACUGCAGGGCUAACGGAUGACUCUCGAGUCAUGUGAGGCUCACGGAGCUCUCCAGCGUGGCUCUUUUCAGGGAUGGAAAUAAGAUUCAUUGCAUAGCAGUUAGAUCCAUUCCUGGUUUUACUAGGAGUUUAAUAAGACAUGCCCGAGCUUGUUACACACACACACUGGUUACAAGCUUGUUUUAAAACCUGGAGUGAGUGAAACUGCUGUGCAACAGGAGUCUUAUUUCCAGCCAUAUGUUUAAUUUUGUUAGAAACUCUUAAAUGGUUGGAAAGGAUACAAGAGCAAAGUACAGUCAAAAUGCGAAUAAAGCGAUGUUGUGUUUGAAUGCAGCACAUGUGUAAUGAGUACACACAUACUGAAGCGGUGUCUUAGUGCAGCUGCUUAAACCUCAACAGCAGUAUAUAUGUUUGGUCUACAGUGUGUAAAGAGGCUGGCUGCUCUGGUCUGCAGUGUGUAAGAGGCUGGCUGCUCUGGUCUGCAGUGUGUAAGAGGCUGGCUGCUCUGGUCUGCAGUGUGUAAGAGGCUGGCUGCUCUGGUCUGCAGUGUGUAAGAGGCUGGCUGCUCUGGUCUGCAGUGUGUAAGAGGCUGGCUGCUCUGGUCUGCAGUGUGUAAGAGGCUGGCUGCUCUGGUCUGCAGUGUGUAAGAGGCUGGCUGCUCUGGUUUGCAGUGUGUAAGAGGCUGGCUGCUCUGGUCUGCAGUGUGUAAGAUAUUAGAAAUAUCUCAUUUCAGUAUUUUGUAGUGUUCUGAUUAAAUAACAUAACAGCGCGAUUCAUAAAAGGAAAACAAAACAAAACAGUGCAGUGUUAUUUAACUAGGUGUAGGCCUACAGGCAGUGAAUGUGUAGCACUACACUUUUAGAGUUUGGCUUGGUUAAAUAUGCUUCAGCAAGACAACACAGUUUGUUCAAGAUUGAUCAUCUACUGGGAAGGCAGAUGGACAGUCAGUAUUAUUAUCAUCCAUUAGAGCAAGAAAGAAACCAGCAUGAAUGGGACCAAAUUAGAAAGAGACAGCAAGAGUGUGUGUGUGUUCAAAGGGAACGUAGCAUCUUGCAUACACCUGUACAAACGAGACUGCGAAGAGGGGGAUGGGGAGGGAGAGAGGGAAGGGUGUCCGUGUGUUUUGUUCACUCUAAAAAGAUUGUCUUAUUUUGUUACAGUCCCCCUCCCCCCUCUCCCUUUUCAUGUUUGUCAAAUGCAUUGCAUUAAAUAUUUCCAUGUGACAUGAUAACUUUAAGUUCAUAUAGAAAUUAAAAUAAAUAAAUACAAAUA